AGUGAAAUCAAAUGGCAACAAAAAUUGGAAAUUGGCAGUGAAAAUCAAUUAUAAGUGCGAAACCCUAAUUACGGAACAAGAACAAACGAAGAAGAAUUAAGAAUCGGCGAGAAGAUGAAGAAGAAGGGGAAGGUGGUGGUGAUAAUGGGUCCUACUUGUUCGGGAAAAUCAAAACUAGCCAUUGAUUUAGCAACUCAUUGCCCUAAUAUUGAAAUAAUCAACGCUGAUUCAAUGCAAGUCUACCACGGCCUUGAUGUUCUCACCAACAAAGUCCCUCUUCAUGAACAAAAGGGAAUUCCUCACCAUCUUCUUGGAACUGUAAGUCCCAGCGUAGAAUUCACAGCUAAAGAGUUCCGGGAUUCUGCUAUUCCUAUUAUUGACGGAAUUCUGUCGCGGGACUGCUUGCCAGUUAUUGUUGGCGGUACUAAUUACUAUAUUCAGGCUCUUGUAAGUCCUUUCUUAUUAAUUGAUACAGCGGAAGAUUUCAAUGAUAGCUUACAAAACGAGCCACCUUCUGGAGACGAGCAGAACGAUGAGGGGUCUGAGUUUCAAAGAAAUGGUUUUAAUAGCUAUGAUUAUCUUAAACAGCUUGAUCCUGUUGCAGCUAACCGAGUCCAUCCAAAUAACCACAGAAGGAUUAGUCAGUAUCUUAGUUUGCAUGCUCGCUGUGGUAUUCUUCCUAGCAAACUUUAUCAGGAAAAGGCUGCAGAGAACUGGGGCCGUAUUGAUGAUUGUAGAUAUGAUUGCUGUUUCAUUUGUGUUGAUGCUGCUAUCCCCGUGAUCGACCAGUAUGUGGGGCAAAGAGUAGAUUGCAUGAUUGAUGCUGGAUUACUUGGCGAAGUUUAUGACGUUUACAAUCCUCAUGCAAAUUAUUCUCGAGGCUUGCGGCAAGCCAUUGGUGUGCGUGAGUUUGAUGAUUUUUUGAAAGCUUACCUUUUGGAAGACAUGAUUGACAAAGCAAGCCAUUCAAAGGACGAAUCUCUCUUCCUGGUGUCCCCAAACAAGAACAAGAUGCUGAAAGAAUAUACCAAGGAGAUCCUUUGUUUUUCUGAUGAUGACAAAGCCAAAAUUCUUUUAGCUGAAGCCAUUGACAAAGUGAAAUUGAAUACUCGUAGACUUGUUCGUCGACAAAAGAGGAUGUUAACUCGGCUUACAACAUUAUUCGGAUGGAACAUCCAUUACGUUGAUGCAACAGAAUCCAUAUUAUGCAAAUCAGAUGAAUCUUGGGAGGCACAAGUGGUCCGACCAGCUGUGGAAAUCAUCAGAUCUUUUUUAAGUGGAGAGGAGUGCUCAGAGGUAGCUUCUGAUGCUUCUGAUAGUGCUCGAAUAAGACUUAUUGAAAGGAAUUUGUGGAACCAAUACGUAUGCAAGGCGUGUGGAGAUAGAGUACUAAGAGGAGCUCACGAGUGGGAACAACACAAACAGGGCCGUGGGCAUCGAAAACGAAUUUCUCGUAUUCAGAAGUCUCAACAGCACAAUUUAAAAUGCAGUCAAGCAGAACGUAUAGAGAACUUGUGUUAUGAGGUAUAAUGAUCUUAAUCACCCCAGAAACCCGGUUUCUUUUAUCAUUAAAUAGCACUGGGUUGGUAUAAAUAUUUUUGUCACAUUUUCUUUAAAACAAGGUAUAUUAUCUAGUUUAAAUGUUUUGCAGUAUUUAAAAUUGAAGUGUUCGUAAUCUGAAGAUUUUAAACUUUGAAAUAUGCUAUUAUUAAUUUAAUUUCUUUUAAUAGGAUUUGAUU